AUGGAUUCGACGCGUCCAAUGCUCCCUGCUUACACCACCUAUGCCCCGGCCUUGGGUUCAGCUGCCCAAGCCGCGAUGACAUCUCAGCCCCAUCUACACCCCUCACCGCUACCACCAACACAACCACCCAUGAUGGAGAAUCGACUGCUUCCUCCCUCCAACACGCACAGGCCAUCAUCGACCAUUGGAUUGGUGUCGCAAGGCGCAUCCGCCGAGCAGAAACUCGGCUUCGUGCCCAUCACUGCGCCAAACCCUCCUCUGUUCACCACCGACUCGCCGGCCAAAAAGUCCUCCUAUCCCAACUUUGCGCAGUCCUCCAUGCCUCAUCAGACCGCUCUCUUCACCACUUUUUCCAGUGCCACUGCCACCGUAAGCUCCAAGCAGACGCAACGUGCGGAUGACUCCGAGCACGGUAGCUUCGCCGAUUUUCCGCCACCAGCGUAUGAAGCCAAGGCGCCCUUGAAGCGCAAGCUGAUGGACGCGGCGCCUCUGCGAGAGGGUCCCGUCAAGCGACCCAAGUCCGAUGAUGCGUCGACCACCCGACUGUCUGAAUCGCACCAGAUGCCCACCAUCGAGGACGACGGCACCAAGCCGCCAUACAGCUACGCGUCCCUCAUUGGCAUGGCCAUCUUGCGCGCACCCAACCGACGAUUGACCCUGGCGCAAAUCUACAAGUGGAUUUCCGACACCUUUUCCUACUACAAGAAUGUCGAUGCCGGCUGGCAGAACAGCAUCCGCCACAACCUGAGCCUCAACAAGGCCUUCGACAAGCAGGAGCGACCCAAGGAUGAUCCUGGUAAGGGCAAUUACUGGAUCAUCAAACCCGGCCAUGAGGAGCCGUUCCAGAAUCACAAGCAAGUUCGACGCGCCACCAUGUCCAGUGUCCCGGUCCCUGCGGCUCCGCCGCGUGAACUGAUCUCUCAGCCACCCAGCGCGACCACGACCACAACCUGGGUAGUCCCUCCUCCCCCUAUGCGACAGCAACAACAACAACAACAACAACAACAACAACAGCAGCAGCAGCAGCAGCAGCAGCAGCAGCAACAAAGGCACCAGCAACCAGCGCAGCGGCAGCGACAGCCUUCCCAUUUGCUGCCGCCGCCACCAUCGGCACUCUCACAAUCCAAGGCAGGCUCAUUCCAUGUCGUAGAUCUGGAUUCGGAUGCCACGUUGCCAGCAUCAGACCCUGCAUUGCAGGAAGAUACCGGAGACGAAGCUCCGCAGUGCGCGAUGCCCCCACGCCCAGCGGCUAUGAGAUCUUCCCCUCUUCAAACGAUCCGCUCUUCUCCUCCCAUUCCUCCCCCUCGAUUCUCUCGUGCGGGCACUCCUCCCACGCCCACACACCAGGCGGGACCUACACCUGCCCAGCGUUCGCGCAAACGCAAGUCCAUUUCGAUGAACGAUAGUGGCUACUACUCGUCACUGGAAUCGUCCGUGGUUCGGCCUAACAAAGCCGCUCGCAUGUUGACUUCGGAUCUAGACAUUGACCAGCCUCGCAUCAAUCGCGGGCGGGCCGAGGAAGAGAUUUGCCGGAUCCGCAGCUCGUCGCAUGAGAUGAGUCCCGGUCAGGGUGCCUCGCAACCGAAGAUGCGCUCCAAGGUUGCAUCAUCGCCUCGUCCAAUUCAAGAAGCCCGCGCGACCUCCCCCUCUGUCUCGCCCAACACCAAUCUGCGCAAUCAUCGCGCGAGAAUUCAGAGCAUGGUCAAUUCUCCUAUCAAACAGCUGGGUCUUGGGGAUGAUGAUACCGUUCCUUGGAGUCCGGCGUUUACUCUCCUCGAAGAGUCCUUGGGCUUGGCUGGCGACUCCGACUCUGACACCGAUGAGCCGGUUCGAGGCAGCUUUGAGGUCUAUCAAGACCCGCGUACGGAAGAUGAUCAUGCCAAUGAUGCCGAUGACAAAAAAUCGCCCGUCCGUGUGUCUUCUAGAAAAGAAAUCCCCAUCUUCAGUCGCAAAAGAUUCAGUCAUCCCCUUGCUGAUAUGGAGGAGCUUGAUAAACUUCUUAAUCGCGGGCCUCAGCCAUAUCAUUGGAAACCCAUCAAGACCCCUCCACCCGCGUCCCCCUCUCGCUUGCCUGAUGGCUCACAUCUGGGUGAGUCGAAGGAGGAAGACCUGUUUGCCUUCAAUUUGUUUGAUGAGAACAACGACAGCAACAGCGAAGUCGACGGCGUUGAUCUGCUGCAGGGCUUCCAGAAGAUCAAUGGCUCGAAAAAGGAUGAGUCGCUGAAACACAAACUUAUUCAAGCACGACCUCAAUUGAGUGGUCGCAGUCAGACGACCAUGUUCUGA